AUGGUAUCUUUUAUCAAAAUGGAGGAAGCUCCAAUAAUGGAUAGUGGACUUUUUGGAUUUUCUUUACAUUCUCCAUUUUAUGAACAUCCUAGAUGUCAUCUUUGGCAUUAUACUGUUUUUGGAAUUCAAGGAUAUAUUCGUAUGGUUUGUGAACCAUUAACUAUUGCAAUUGUUCUCUUCCAAUUAGCUGGAGAACUUUGGGAUAUAUACAGUAUUGGACAUGUUCGAUGGUGGCAAAUUUUAAUAACAUUCCCAACAAAAAUUUUUUACAAAAUGUCAUUGCUUUUAAUUAUUGGUGUCGUUCCCAUUCGAUUUGCUUGUGGAUUAGGCGAUUUUAUGCUCUUUUUGGAUAAUAUGUUUUCAAUUUCUGCUGUCGUUUUAAUUUCUCUUCAUUUUUUGUAUUAUUGUCGAGCUGUUAAAUUCGUUGGACCUUUUGUCUUGAUGAUAUAUAAAAUUAUAACUCAAGAUUUACUUCGUUUUUUCCUUAUUUAUUUUGUGUUUCUUUUUGGUUUCUCUCAAGGAUUUUAUAUUGUUUUUCUUUCAUGUGAACGUGCUCGAUUAGAAAGAGUACAAGCUGGCACUUCUGAUCCAGAAGAUGCUACUUCUAAUAUUAUAAAAAAUCCAUUUGAAGCAGUUAUUCGUGUUUUUAUUAUGACAACAGGGGAAUAUCAAACAUUUUAUGGGGAUAUGAGUACAUGUCAAGAGCCAACAAUGUCUACAAUUGGAAAAAUUCUUUUCUUUAUUUAUGAAGUAUUCUCUAGUUUGAUGCAAUUUAAUGUUUUAAUUGCAAUGAUGACAAGAACAUACGAAAUGAUUUAUGCUACAGAAAAGGAAUGGAAAAGACAGGCAAAUUAA